CGAAGUCUGAAGGUGAAGACACAGACUCGGAUUCUUCGUCAGAUGACGACGACGGGCCGCGACGCAUGACUUUGUCCGAGAGGUUCGGGAAGCUGGCCCAACUCAGUUCACAGAGGCAAGAAUACGAAGGUGUCAGAAUGAAAAUCGUACGUGAAGGCGGCCAGGAUAAGAAAGUGUAUCUUGAAGGAGGCCGAUUGCACUCGAGGUCGCCCUCCCCAGGCAGCCGAGGCCGGGCCACCCACCCUGCACACGAGCGGUGGCUUCAGGAACACCAGGCGGAAUACAGAGAAUACCAGGAGCGCUAUGGCGAGAUCCGGCAGUGGGACCCGCACCGCGACCUGCCUCGAGAGUUGCCGCAGAACUGGGACGACGUCCACGUCAGAUACCGCUACUACAAGGAGUCCGGCUACUUCGGCGACAGAUCCAUUACUCUCGAUGACUACUUGAAGUGGGAGCAGUGGUGGUACCAUUAUCGCGACUGGCUGGAGAAGUACGGCGGGACGCAGGAGUCCGAGGAGAGGGACUGGCAGUACAGGGCGUCGAGUUACGAGUAUGAGGUUCGUGGGGGAACUUCGUCAAGUCAGGGGGGCAGGUGGCCGCGUCGAGAACCGUCAAGAGAAGCCGAUGACAGGAAGAGGAGAAGAUACUAAAUGGUUUCCUAGGCUCUGAAAAUUGCCUGUUCCACUAUGGGUAUUCUAUGCUCUGUAAUUUUACUGCCGUAAGUUAUCAAAAUAUGUAUUUACUUUUAAUAUACUAAUAUGCAUAAGCAGUAUAUAUAUAUAUACCACUAAGGUAUUUUAUAUUAUAUGUAAAAGAGAUGUUUAUUUAAACUUUCCAGAUGCGGUCACUUGAAAUCACCCUUCUUGGGCAGUUAUAUAGGUGAUGUUAGCUUUGCACCCAAACAAAUAAUGUGGAAAACAAAUGAUGAGUAUUUCCACCGUGAUAUCAAGUAUAACAAGUGAUUUAAAUGAUUGCUGCCAUUGAUGCAAGCGAGGCAGACUUCCACGCAGCUCUCGGAUCUAGGGACCACAUCAUUAACGUGUGCAUGAACAGUGAUGGGGUAGAAAGACAGCUUAGCCUUCGUCGUAAUUGGAAACUCGAUAUGAACUGCAACCGAUUUUAUCUUCAACACUUCGGAAAUAAAGAAUUUGCUUUUAGCUACUGCCCUGCAUAGCUUUGUAAUAUAUAUUGUAGAAUAUUUUAGUAAACUGAAGCUUUAUUGUCAAGGUCACCGUUGUUUGAUCUUAGGAAUGACAUUGUCUUUUUACAACCGAAGGAUAUGAAAGUGCAAACUUUUCUAUGUAUUACCCGUCCCAUUAAUAAUAUAUAGGCGAAAGAAACAAAUAUCCAUUUUACAGUUAACUUUUGCAUCCAACAGUAUAAAGCUUAGAUCAGGAUAUUGCAGCACUUCUGUUCCAAAUUUGCUUUUUGUUAAUAUGGUGUAUUUUAUAAUUAUAUGUAUACAGACUUGUGCUCUUCAGUACUGGAAAACUAUUGAAGUUUAGCACGCCAUUUUACAUAGAAUGCUUGACUUUUCUUGAAAUAUUCAGAGCGGUUCGAAACUGGAAGACAAAGACAAAUCAACGUAUCUUUUUGAUACUAUUACCAGCUUCUGAGAAAUCUUUUUGAUCAAUUGGAGUGAUAUCAAAUUGAGAUUUAUAUAUAUGUAAUGAGAACAGGAAAAAUAUUUCAGUGACAGUGUUUGUGUGGGGAAUGAGAAGCCGUGAUACUAUUGAUUACUAAUGCAUAUUCUGACUUUAUUUAAGAACUGUUUCUAAACUGUCGUAUUCAAGUUUGUUACAGUAAAAUUGCCUUAACCACUUAUUGAACAAUGGCAGGAGACGUUACAAAUUACAUUAAAAAACAUAUAAGUGAUAUCUGUGUGUUUGCAACAGUAUGGGUGUGCGCUUCUCAUUAAAACUAUUUAUAUCCCGCAAUACCUGUUCCACAACUCACAAAUCCUUCAAUAUACAGGCAGGGAAAAGGCGUCUUCCACAAACACUAGCAGUGUACGUAUACAUUGAAGGAUAAAAAUGAGCAAUUCGUAAUGAUACUGUUUCAUAUUAGACUUCUUGUUUUUUUUUUUUGCAAUAUGUAUUUAUUUAUGUAUGAUAGAAGCGAGUAAUGCUUUCGAAGCAUUGCGUUUUAGAGAUGAAAUAAAUGUCGUGAUAUUUAUUGUACUUGCUGUAUGACCUGUACGAUAUAAAAAUUUUCUUCUCCUUA